AAUAUAUAUUUUAUUCUCCCUUUUAUUUUCAUACACUGUCAAACAAAAAAAAAAAAUGGAAAAAAAAAAUUAAAAUGCAGUCAGAUUGGCUGAAAGUACAGUGGAGAGCUCAUGUCGAGCAGCUCUCCUCAGCUGCACACAAACCUUCACAUGCAUGCAGCCAGCAGUCGCUCAUUGCGCCGUAGCUGUGUCUCAGCAGCAGCAGCAGACAAACAGAGGGGGGCGAAGGACAGCGCGAGUUAGCACAGAGAGAGACAGGCGCUCUCAUCAGUGACGAGCUCACCGGCUGCGUGGACAGAGCUGUGGCGCAGGAGGAGGAAGAGGAGGAGGAGAAGAGGUGCAACGGGAGGACAAGCUGCCUGAAAACGGGAGCAAAAAAAAAAAAAAAAAAAAGAGGAGCAAAGCGCGAGAGACAACGAGAGGGAGUGUGGAGAGAGAGAGAUCAGUGAGGGGAGAGAAGUCAGUCGGAGCAAGGGAGAGGAAGCAGGCUGGAUGAAGCUGACAAGGACACAGAGGGAGGAAAGUGCACACAGGAGCCGUCCCUGACGACGCGGAGAAGUGAGGGAGUGCGUGCGCAAAGUGGAAAAGAAGAAGACGAGGAGGAGGAGGAGGAAGAGGAGGAGGAGGAGGAGGAGAGGAAUCCUGACAGGAGGUCGAGCUUACGGGGCUUGACUGACACGGGAGCGAAGCGGAGGAGGAGGAGCGUGAGGGCAAGUUGAUGGAUUUGAUUUGGGGAGAGUAUUUUUAGAAGGAGGAGCGCAGACAUGAGAGGAAUAUUGAGAUUAGAGAUGCUGUCUUUGAGUGGGGCUGAAAGAACUAGGGAGGGAAGAGAAGAAGAAGAAGAAGAAGAGAGAGUGAGAGGAGACAGAAAAAAGGGGGAGAGAUGUUGAGAUCAGAGUGUGACAGAACAGAUUAUCUCUGGUCUGGUUUCCCGCAGGAAACCGCUGUGAGUGUAUGUCCGUGUGCACGCAUGAGUGCGUCCCUCUCCAUGUGAAAGUGUGUUGUAGCAUGUUUCUCACUGUGACUGUGGCGCUGAGGAGCGGGUCCGCUUACAGGAUGGAGCUACCCAGUGGUUACCCGCAGGACUUAAUAACACUGGUUAAAGCCAAGUGGGGGCAAGAGACAAGGAACAGAUCAGUGACAUCACGAGGAAGUCAAGGCAUCUGAAGUGAGACCGCAAAGUGGGACAGAAAACAAAUGAGCGCGGGAGACUUUUGUGAAUUCAAUUAAAGCUCGUACUUAAUAGUGACAAGGAACUGAUUGCCGCCUCUGGCUCCUGAACGCCUCCGCAAGCCAGCGAAGCCAAAAACACACACAGACAUACACACACACACGUAACUCAGAGGAAGAGAAACCACAGCGCUGGAACAAGGCAAGCUCUCCUCUAACAGACUGCACCACACCAACCAAUUCCCUCUGCUGUCUUCUCAUUAUUUUAAUUACCUUCCCUUCUUUCAUUUGUUUUUUUUUUUUGUCCUCUCUGCUUAGCCCUUGGUAUUUUGUAUUCCAUCCUCCUCUCUCCCUCUCCCUUCCCCUCCCUCUUCCUCUUGCCUUCGCUCUCUCUCUGUCUCAUCGUCUCUUGUUCACUGUCACACUAACUGCGGUGGAUGCUGGAGUCACUCAUGUAGAAGCCACCUUGCUUGGAGCACAUUUGCCUAGCUGAUUUUUUUUUUUCAUUCUUCCCCUGCUGAGUUGGAUGAUUGGAGCACUCUCUGAUCGAGAGACCAGGAGAGAUGACCAACAAGUUGCUGCUGCUGAGGUAACCACAGCUCCGCCAGGAGAAGACGACUUCAAAACACAUUGAUUUCCUCCGGGGGAACUUGUGGGUGCGUCUGCAUAUAGUGUGUUUACGGUGCAAGACUGCAUGGGCCAUUAGUAUUUGUAAGGCCAAACACAUAUCCAGGUGUGGAUUACAGUAGUGGAUUUAUCCUGGAGCUACAUGUGGGCCCCAGCCCCUGAGGCCUGGCUGGGAAAUGAAGCCUUUCCCGCGGCUGUAGGAGCGCUGUGGGCAGCUAUGGCCCUGGAGGGGCGCUGUCUCCGGCGGGGAUCCCCGGCAAUGAUCAGAAAGGGUCGUCAGCGGCGUCCUACAAAGCCAACUCUGGCUCGGGUCACUUCCACUCUGCUAUCAAGGACACGCCUGCAUGGCCUGAGGCAUGUUUGCGUCCCUGGUGGCUCUGUGGGCCGCAGGGCCUUCUGGCUACUGGCCCUUUGCACCUCCCUGGGGCUGCUUUUAUCCUGGUCCUCCAACCGCCUACUGCACUGGCUUUCUUUCCCCACAUACACACGUGUCCACACAGAGUGGGCCAAAGAACUGGCCUUCCCCGCAGUCACUAUUUGCAACAACAACCCUAUCCGUCUCUACAAGCUCACCAAAAGCGACCUGUAUUUCGCCGGCCACUGGUUGGGCCUGCUACUGGCUAACCGGACGAUGAGGCCCAUGGUUCUGGACUUGCUUCAAGAGGACCGUCGGGCCUGGUUCAGGAAGCUGUCGGACUUCAGGCUCUUUCUGCCACCCAGAAACUUUGAGGGAACCAAUCUGGAGUUUAUGGACAGACUGAGCCACCAACUGGAUGACAUGCUCCUCUCAUGCAAAUACAAAGGAGAGCCAUGCGGCGCUCACAACUUCUCCUCUGUGUUCACCAGGUAUGGGAAGUGCUACAUGUUCAACGGCGCAGAGGAGGGGAAGACGCUCCGCACCACCAUGAAGGGCGGGACGGGAAACGGCCUGGAGAUCAUGCUGGACAUCCAGCAGGACGAGUACCUGCCAGUGUGGGGGGACACAGAGGAUACAGCCUUUGAGGCAGGUGUGCGGGUGCAGAUCCACAGUCAGGCAGAGCCCCCGUUCGUACACGAGCUGGGAUUUGGCGUGGCCCCCGGCUUCCAGACUUUUGUAGCCACGCAGGAGCAGAGGCUGACCUACCUGCCUCCCCCGUGGGGAGAGUGCGAGUCAAAGGCUCUGGAGUCGGGCUUUUUCCAGGUCUACAGUGUAACCGCCUGCAGGAUCGACUGUGAAACACGUUACAUCGUGGAGAACUGCAACUGCAGGAUGGUGCACAUGCCCGGUGAUGCUUCUUACUGCACGCCUGAGCAGUACAAAGACUGCGCUGAGCCUGCCCUCGCUAAACUGUCGGCUGUGGAGAGCAAUAACUGCAUGUGCAGGACGCCGUGCAACAUGACCCGCUACAACAAGGAGCUGUCAAUGGUCAAAAUCCCCAGCAAGACUUCGGCCCGCUACCUGCAGAAGAAGUUCAACAAGUCAGAGAAGUACAUCACAGACAACAUCUUGGUGUUGGACGUGUUCUUUGAGGCUUUGAACUACGAGACCAUCGAGCAAAAGAAAGCUUACGAGGUGGCAGGCUUGCUGGGUGAUAUUGGAGGCCAGAUGGGUCUGUUCAUUGGAGCCAGCAUCCUCACCAUCCUAGAGCUGUUUGACUAUGCUUAUGAGGUGGUGAAGGACAGACUACUGGAUUUACUGAGCAGAGAAGAGGAGGAAGAGAGUCAUGGAGAGGAUGUGAGUUCGUGUGACCCCGUGGCCAACCACUCGGAGUCCAUCAGCCACACUGUGACAGUUCCCCUGCAGACAACGCUGGGCACCCUGGAGGAGAUUGCCUGCUGAGGCCCUCCCCCACCUGCCCCUCAGAGCCACACACAUCCAGAGGCUGCCUCCGCCGGGUGGCGCCACAUCCUCUGUUAGGGCAUCCUGCAGGACCCUAACAGGGGAGGGGAGGAGACGAGGACAAGAACAGGGAUUGGCCUGCGGACAGCGCUGCGCUCUGUCACACCGCCCCGUCUGAGGCACUAAUGGGGAUUAAGGAGCUGUCGGCUGGACUUAUCGGCCCUCUCUGUCACCCUGCACUGUACUGUGGUGGGAGCGUGGCCUCCGCUGUGCCAGACCUGCAGUGGGGUCUGUGUCUCCACAUACAUGCACACAGAAAACCAGAGACUGGGUGGGACAUCUACCUUUGAAGGGGGCUCACCCCUGUGCAGCAUAUCUAUAUAACAAACACAUUCAUACGUCGCUCACUGCCAAAUGAACUGUACAAAAUUGGUUUUGAACUGCAUGCGUCGAUCUAUCUUGCUCUCUUUGCUGAUGCAUACGCUGGACUGCAGUGUUGCUUUACUGUACAUGUGUGCCAUUUGUCUCUCUCUAUCUGCAGGACAGGCCUGUGACAAGGGCCCAGUUGAGAUAUUAAACUUCGAAUGUACAGAUUGAACAUAUGGUUGUUUAAAAUCAUAGUUCAGAUGAGACCAAUCUUUCGAAAACCUAUUCUAAUGAGCAACUUAGCAUAUUUUAGGUUAUUAUCUUGAAGGGGAAGGAGGUUGGUGAUGUAUGCACAUUACUGAGGUACAAAACAACACCUUAGUUCACUGACAAAAGAGUGAAAUCUGAACAUUUUGCAGCCUGCAUUUUGCAUUUUUUUUUCUCCUGUCAGUUUCAGUUUAGUCAGUUUACUAAAAGGCAUGUUUGCUACAUGACUCCCGGGGUGUUAAGCUGUUCCCCACAGACAUCUUUAAAGGGAUGUCAUACUCCUACUGUUAAUUUAUAUGAAUAAAUGACUGGCUUCUGGCUGCCGCACCUCACCACAGCGCCCAGCUACUUGAGGUAGAAUCUGAAUUUAUUUGCCUGCCAGACGAAAAGCAAGCCGUGCACAAAACACUGCAACAAACGAAUAUGCCCAGAGUCAUGUUAAACCAUUAUUUCAUUAAGAGAAUGCCAGAUAUUUCAGACAGCUAUUGCCACUUUAUGGAGGGUGGCAUCAUUUUGUCCUUCACAAAAAAAGAGAUAAACAGGCUUGACUAUUUUAAACAAUUUUCAUGAUUAUAGAAAUGAUUACAAAAGCACCACGAUGAGGGUUCAGCCAGGGUCUGCUGUGAUACGGUGUAAAUAUCUGAUUUGUUUUGUUGGGUUUUUUCUCAUUAAAACGGGUACCACGCAGACAUGCCUGAAGCAGAUCUAAUCUAUUCAGUAAUACAUCAACUCCAGGUCCAAAAAUGACUUUAUAUUGGCCACAUUUUUUUCAUAAUGUUACUCUCUCGGUAGGUGAGAAUGUCGCCUAAUAGGCAGUAGCAAUUGAGGGUAGUUGAAUGUCAUGCUAAAAACGAGGGACACACUUUGCUCUGAGCACCAGGCUUCCUUUCCGAUACAGGUCUAUCUGAACCUUCAGUGUCCUCAAGCAACAGUUACAUAUAUACAUAUGGCUUUACACCAAAAGCUUGUGUGAGAACGUGGAAGAUUUUAGUGUAUCUGAGUCCAUGAUCAUCCUAGCUUGGUCUCUGUCAUCAUGGUGAUGUACAUUACAGGUAGGAAUGAAUUCAAAUGCUUUGUGAGACUGUUUGAAUUAUGAUUUCCCAUCUGUGGCUCAACCUGCUGUCUGUGUGUGCUAUCUCAUGUCGUGGCUUCAGACGAACACAAAUCCUCAGCCGACCUGCAGGGGUGUGAGAUGAACCUAUCUCGCUUCUCUUGGUGGCAGCAACACUGGCUGAUUCUUCUCUCUACUUUGGCUUAAAUUGUUAUCGCAGGACAGCAUUUUCUCAUUUUGUGAUGCAGCA